UAAGCAUAUUAAUCCAACUAAAUCAGCAUUCACUUAUUGAGUUUCAGGUCCAUCAUUCUGUCUUAAAACAAAAAUGGCUCCACGACCGCUCUCCAUCAUCAUCGUCUUUGUCAUCUCCAUAUUCACUCUCUUUGUCCUCACAUACAUCAUCGAAUCGUUAUCACCAAUGUCAGAAGAAGGUUCAUCACCCUUUGGCCCUUUAUCUAUACCACUGCAAUCUGCACCGCCGGCAUAUGCACCAGCACCAGUAGAAGCAGCAUUCUAUCUUGUCUACACCAAACGACCUAAAGAUGAAAAAGUUGAAAUAUAUCACCUUCACAUCCUCUCUUCAGUCCUCGGCAGUGAGGAGGCAUCAAAAGCUGAUUUUUUCCACUCAUACUAUAUGGAUUGUUCAUUUUCAGCAUUGCUAACUACUGAUCAAGUUGAAGAACUAUCGAAACGACCAGAGGUUCUCCAGAUCGUGAAGCUUGCCACAGCUCCUGUUAGUUUCUCACACUUCUGAGAUCGACAACUGGGUUGUCUUUCUACCAACUAAUGGAUGACUAUUGUUAAACUACAACUGCUCUAAGACUUCGAAUAUCAACGUUAUUGUAAACUUAUAUAAUUCGUAUAAACAAUAGCACAAUUCAAAUUAUGUUUAGAUACAACUUGAUGAGUCGGCCUAAUGACUCAAAG